AUGCAAAACCAAAGCUUUGUUACCGAGUUCAUCCUCUUGGGGCUUUCACAGAAUCCAAAUGUUCAAAAAAUAGUAUUUGUUGUAUUUUUGUUUAUCUACAUUGCAACGGUUGUGGGCAAUUUACUAAUUGUAGUGACCAUGAUCAGCAGCCCUGCACUCCUGAGCUCCCCCAUGUACUUCUUUCUAGGCUUCCUGUCCUUCCUCGAUGCAUGCUUCUCCUCUGUCAUAGCCCCACAGAUGAUUGUGGACUCCCUCUAUGAGAGGAAAACCAUCUCCUUCGAGGGCUGCAUGACUCAGGUCUUUGCUGAACACUUCUUUGGUGUAGUGGAGAUGAUUGUUCUUACUGCCAUGGCCUAUGACCGCUAUGUGGCCAUUUGCAAGCCCUUGCACUAUCCCUCUAUCAUGAACUGGAGGCUCUGUGGCAUUCUGAUGGGGGUAGCCUGGGCAGGGGGCUUCUUGCAUUCUGUGAUACAAAUUCUCUUUACUUUCCAGCUGCCCUUCUGUGGCCCCAAUGUCAUCGAUCACUUCAUGUGUGAUUUGUAUCCAUUAUUGGAGCUUGCCUGUACUGACACUCACAUUCUUGGCCUUUUGGUGGUUGCCAAUAGUGGGUUUUUCUGCAUCAUAAACUUCUCUUUGUUGCUUAUCUCCUAUUGUGUCAUCUUGUUCUUGCUGAGAACUCAUAGCUCUGAAGGACGGCAGAAAGCUCUCUCCACCUGUGGAUCUCACAUUGCUGUCGUGGUUUUGUUUUUUGUCCCAUGUAUAUUUGAGUAUGCACGACCUCCAUCUGCUUUCUCCUUCGACAAGAUGGUGGCCAUAUUUUACACAAUCCUAACUCCCCUGCUCAAUCCUGUGAUUUACACUUUUAGAAAUAAGGAAGUGAAAAAUGCCAUGAGGAAAUUGUGGACCAGAUUGGUGGUGGUUUCUGAUGAAAAAUAA